GGGAAACCCCUUUAUGAGGUCAUCCCUUCUCCUUCCAGAACUCCCCAGAUGGGGAGGUGUAAGCCACUUGGGGAGCCCCAUGGCUCGCUUAACAAACGCUCUCCUGAAGAGCAUCGUUGUCCGAACUCAGUUUGACAGCGUCAGGAAGAAACAGUGCCUGCAGUAUCUGAACACUCUGAGGACGCUGCAGUAUGAUGGGUAUAAGACUGUGUAUUUUGGGGAAACCGAGAUCCCAGAAACGCUCAUCACCGGGGAAGAUUUCAGCGACAGCUAUUACAUGCGCACCCCCACCUGGUGUCUUCUGCACGCCGGCGGCAGCCAGGGCUGGGUGCCUUGGAAAUACCGGAUGUUCUUGAGGGACGACCUGUGUAUCAAACAGGAGGACAGCCCCUUCUUUGAGUUCUGUGACGUCGUGAAGAAGGCCUACGGGAAGUGCGCCAUCGUGGUCAAAGGGCCAAGGCAGCAAGGCGAGACCAAGCCAAAGGCGGACAGGGAAGGGGAGGCCCAGGCCCAUGUCCCGACAAGCAUUAAUUUAACAAGCAUCGUGUGUUGCCCGGGAGUGGCCAAGUCCUACGGCCAUGAACUAAUCUCUCUGCCCUCCCCGUAUACCUACCUGAACCCCUUAGACUCGGCCUGGUCGUCUAUGAAAUGGUUUAUCAUCAACAACAGGAAAGAGUUCUGUCUGCAGUCUGUGGACAACGUCUACACUUACCAGUACAUACUGUUCAGCGACUUAGUUGGCAAAGGGAUUGAGAAGGUCAGCCCGAGCAAGUGGAAGGCCCUAACCAACAAAGUUCGGAGGUGGGAGAACUACUAUCUGGGGAAGCUUUCUUAGGGGCGUCUUCUCCACGGAGCCACUGCGGGCUGCGCGGCUAACUGUGGGGUGGGAUUCUGGCCCCCAUGCCACCACACACACCCUUCAGGAGUGACUCACAGGAAUGCUGCCUGGACUGAGAGGUGCCUGGGGGGUGCUGCCAAAGUCCUGUGGCUGCCGGGCAGGGGUUCCAUUAAAGCUUGAUGACCA